AUGCAAGGGGUACGGGUCUGCUGCUGUGAGGUGUAUAGCCAGCUGCAGCAGCUGCCUCGCCACCGCCAGCCAAGCCAGGCCUUCGGGGGGGAACUGUCUCUGCAGCACAGCAGCAGCAGCAGCAGCAGCAGCAGCAGCAGAAAGGCACCUCUUUUUUUUUCUAUGAAGAGCUACCGCAUAACAACGAACGAGCAGGCAGCAGCAGCAACAGCAGCAGCAGAAAGAAAGAUGCAGCAGCAAAGCGACGACUCGAAAGCAAAGGAGAAAGCCAAGCAGCAACAGCAACGCUGGCAGCAGCAGCAACAGCAGCAGCACCAGAAACAGCAGCAGAAAGCAGCUCAGCCGCAGCAGGGAAAGAGCACGAUGAAGUACAGCAGCAGCAGCAGCAGCAGCAGGAGCGGCAGCAGCAGCGGCGCCAGCACCAGCAAACAGCAGCAGCAGCAAGAUAGAAGCAGCAGCAGCAACAGCAGCAGCAGCAGCAGCACCUGCGCCGCGGAUGUGAGCUCUGAUGCGCAGCGGGCGGCGAGGGGGCCGAAGCAGCAGACAGCAGCAGGAGAAGCAACAAGAGCAGCAGCAGCUUCUGUUUCGUUUCCUUUGAGGGUGGCAAACAAAGCAGAGACAGAAUGCUGCGGCAGGUUGUAA